UCGACCAUGGGUUAAGAGCAAUAAUUCGGGGGCAUUUGGCUAAGGACAUAUGAAGGAAAUCCGCCUUUCACAAUAAUAUUAUGGCUCUGUUAUUGUUAUCCACAUUAUCAAGGCGAGAGCCCUUACUCGCAUCUUUCGUAAAACGUUUCCAAAGUCCCCGCAUCAUAACUAAAAGUAGAAGAUUAGGUUGUGUUGGCUUCGUCAAAGAGAAGUCAUACCAGGCAUCUCAAGUAUCUGAAAAUGAUCUUUUCUCCCAUAUUCAUCCUAGUAAGCUGGCUUCAAAGGAAAAAUACUCUUUAGCAGGCGUAAGAUAUCUGGCAGGUUCUAAUGACAAGGGUUUCCCAAAGUUCCUUGGAGUUCCUCGAAAAGAUUUACCUCAUGCUUUACAAGUGGAGCACGCUGACAAGUUCUCCAUAUCAGAAUGGGCUCAAAAUUGCCGACACCUGUUGGAUAAUGAACUAUCAAAGUAUGGUGCAAUAUUAUUUCGAGGCCUUCCCUUGAGCAAAGGAGAACAGUUCUCAGUUUUUACAAAUGCCAUAGGAUAUUCUCCAAUGGGAUACGAGGGAGGUGCAGUGGAUAGGCCAGUCUUUGAUAAAAAGGCUUUUACUUUCGUAUCCACUUCGGAAAAUAAGGACUUGAACAUCGAACCUCACAGCGAUAUGGCAUAUUCUGCAGUUUAUCCUAAUAAGAUCAUAUUUUAUUGUGACAUGGCACCUGCACCAGGUUGUCGGGGUUUGACGCCUAUAAGCAGUAACAUCGAGAUUCUACAAAAGCUUGACACAAAGGUGGUGCAGAAAUUCGAAGAAAAGCAGGUCCGUUACAUGCGAACCUUACCAAGUGGCGAAGGAUAUCUCCCCUGGCAGGUCACAUUUGGUACUGACAACCGUAAGAAGGUUGAAAAGUAUCUGGAAACAAACGGCUUUUAUUACGAAUGGAACAAAGAUGACGACAGCCUUUUCUACUGGCUUACACUACCACCAACUAAGUACCAUCCAAUCACCGGAGAAAAAGUAUGGUUCAAUCAAAUAGAAUCCCACCAUUCUUCCUAUUUCAAGUCUUCACCAAUGAUGAAGGGUAUGCAUUUUGAGAGCGACACGCAAUGUCCUUUACAUACUUCUUAUGGCGACGGCAAGGAGAUCGAACCAGAAGUAAUCCAGCACAUCAGGAAGAUAAGUUGGGAAUGUACAGUAGGAUUCCCAUGGAGAAAUGGGGACGUGUUAGUUCUUGACAAUGUUAAAUGUAGGCAUUCUAGACUUAGCUUUACCGGUGAACGUAGAAUACUGGUUUUUAUGUCUCCUGAAUAGAAUAUGGUUGGGAUUGAUUUGAUUCGUAUUUUGAUAUGAUUUAUCUUCAAAUCCUAAAAAUAUUUCAGGUUUAAUUAUAUCCAUUUUGUAAUCACUACUAAAUCCUGCAAUCUCAUUGCUUAAAAAUGAUGCUAUUUUAAACUAAUUUUUAAUUCUAAUUUGUAAUACUUAGAGUGAAGGCAUUUGACCCGUGAAAUAAAAAUUAUUAGUCAACGUGUAAUAGUCAAAUAGACACAAAAGAAAACAAUGGAAUUAGGGUCUACUAAAGUGUAUUAGUCUAAUAUCUAUUGCACGGGUUUAAUAACUUCACUCUAAAAGCAUUAAUAAUAUACAUUUAAAAAAAUUCCCGAUUCCGAUUGGCUAAGAGCAGUAUGCAGUUUUAAGUAUACAAAGUCAGAAAAAAGGAAAUUCAGUGCAGAAAAAACUCGUGGGUUUUCUAAGAGCUUAAAUUGCACUCGCUUCCAGAUGAGCGGUGAACGCCACGAGUGGACAAAAUGACCGGCCCUAAGCAUUUUUGGAGCUUGAAAGAACGAAGCAAACGUAGCAGUAAAGUGAAAUUGUUUCUAUUCUUUCUUUACAUAUUUCUGCUUCUUGUAGACACGUAUGUUAUAUUUUAGCCGAAAGAAGACAGAAAAAUAAGCAAAAGUUGCGUUACAGUAGUCUGGGAAUGAGGGCCGGCAUCAAGGCAGCUAAACGCGCUUUGAUUGGCUGAAACAAAAAUCGCCGCUCAGCUGGCAACGGCUCGUGCAAUUUUGAACUCUUUGAAAGCCCACGCGUUCGAAUUUAUGCCAAAUUGCACUCAAAACCAUACGAUUUCCUAUACUAAUUAAAUAGUAUCUAUCGUUUUGAAAACGAAAAAAACAUGAAUUGGCAGAGCAAAUUUACAGCAAAAAUCAUACAAAUAUUAUUUGACUUGACUUGCCUCUUUUGUGUGAAGCGAUUUUCUUUUAUUGUGCAGGCACACUGACCGGGGCCACGUAAAGAAAGUUAAACCAGAAAGUCAGUUAAUCUCAAGGGGAAGCAAAAGGAUGAAAAAGUCAAACUUGAACCAAUCAGGAACAAGCAACGAAGCCUAGAUAUCUGAGGAAUAAAACUUGAACGUUAUCAACAACAGUGUGGGAAUGAUUGCCUGAGGGCAAUAUGAUACUGAUUCUGCUCUCUCCUGAUUGGCUAAUUUUUAUUUUAUUAUUAAUUUUGUUCAAUGGUUACGGUUAGUGUGCAUACACAAUAAAAUAAAAUAAAUUUUAAAAAAACAAAGAAAAAAACAACAAAAAAACAAAAACAAAAAUAAGUAGAGCAGAGCAGAGCAAGAUAAAGUAAAACAAAAACCAAACAAACCUACACAAUUUGGUAGGGUGACUAGAAUUACACAAAGUACUUUUUAUCUACGCCCUUUCUAGAAUAAUAAUAUAGGUGGUAGAGAGCAAACGAUUAAUCCAUGAAACACUAAUAACUAAAUAGUACAAAAUAGUGCUAAUUAAACAAUAGAAAAC